UUGUGUGAGAAAGAUUUAAAAAAUUGACGUUAAAUUACAAAUUUAAUAUUAAUUAUUAAAAUUAUUCUGAUAAAAAACUAUUCUUUUUUUAUUAUUAUUAGAAUAUUAAAUAAAAAAUGGAUGAAAUGUCUGAUAUGUCCGAAUGUCUCAUUUGUUACGAAACAGAAGAUAGAGAUUUUCGUAAAAUAACUUCAAAAUGUUCUCAUCGAGCCGUUGUUUGCGUAGAAUGUGUUAACAAACAUAUUAAAAAUCAAAGCAAUGAGAAACAAAUCCUCGAAAUUCCUUGUCCUACAAAAGGAUGUAAAAAAAAAAUGGAAAGACAUGAUAUCAAAAAUAUCGCAACAAAACAAGUCUUUGAAGCAUAUGAUGAACUUGCUUACAAAAUUGCGAUUCAAAGAAUCCCGGAAUUUAGAUGGUGCAAAGCACCUUGUGGAGCUGGGCAAAUCCAUAUUGGGAAAGAUGAAGCUCCAAUUGUGAUCUGUGAGGGUUGUGGAGCGCAUUCGUGUUACAAACACGAAGUUGCCUGGCAUACUGGUCAAACUUGCAAGGAAUACGAUGAGAGUAUAAAACAAUCAGAUUUUGCUACUGCGGAUUAUAUUUCACGAGAAACAAAGGGAUGUCCUGGAUGUUCUAUACCUAUUGAGAAGGAUGGAGGUUGUGAUCAUAUAACUUGUACCAAAUGUUCCCAUGAAUUUUGUUGGUUAUGCCUAUACAAACAUCCUUCCCAUAAGCCUACGUGUAGAAAAAACCAAAUGUUUAACGGAUACAACAACGUAUAAAAUUUUUUUUUUGUUUUUGCGUUUUAUAUAAAUAUACUUGAGAUAUAUGGUUAGAGUAUUGUUCUUUAUAUUUAUUAAUAAAGUUGAUAACUUAUCCUCAUAAC